AUGCGGAGGGCGAACGCGGUGAGCUGGCAUCUGGCGGAUCCUCUGUUGACGACAUGGCAAGUUUGGAGGCAUGGAUACGGCGCCCACCCGCAAUGGGGUGCUUUGAAAGUGAGCAUGGACAACCGAGGAUUAAGCGUUUACGGUGCAGAGGGCGUCGGAUCCCUCAGUACCGGUGCGGUGAGGAGUAGUCGACCAGGCUCCCCCGCGUCGUUAUCUUACGACUGGGAGAACCCCGGGGUGGGCCACCAGGCCCCCGGGUUCAGCAAUGCGCCUGGUGAAGUGACGUCUGUAGCGGGGACCUCCUCCGCUGCGGCGUCUUCCGGCGUCAGGGUGCGCGAGGACGUGCUUCUCGCGCAGCCCGUCGUCCGGUUUGAGAGGGUGGAGGGGCGGGAGCUCCGCUCCGGCCGCCUCCUGGCGGCUGCAGACGCGUCCGGCACCGGCGCUGACUCCGACGGGUCAGACAGCUCGGUGUGGUCGGUGCGCUCCUUGCAGUCGCCGCUAAGGAGGAAGCGAGGUCGACCCCCCACUGCUGGGGAUUGUGUCGGCCUCGCCGACGCUAAGCGAAAGCCUAGCGAGAGGGAGCAGCGCCUGGCGAUGGACGUCGCGGACCAUUUAGUGUCCUCCGUCCGAAUCUCCAGGUCCUGCAAGCCCCUCAAGUGCGAAGAGGAGCUGGCGGCGGAGAUGCGCCACGCGCCGACCGCCGAACUGGGCUCACGGAUUUUCGAGAGCUCGGAGGCGGUCCUGAGGGUUGCGAAAUGCUCCAACAACCUUCAGGGGCCGAUGGUGCGCCAGCUGCGGAUUGCAGCGGCCACCAUCAGACACGCUGCAGUCGAACAGGCGAAGCGUGUCAAGACCUCGGCCCGGGAGGUGGAGCUGGAGCGGACGGUCGCCGAGCUCAGGGCCCGCGUGACGGAGCUGGAAGCCCGGCUUGCGCGAGGCCCGGUCGCGCCUGCCGCUGUGCCGUCGGUGCCGCCGCCCGUCGAUCCGGCGGUAUCGGUGCCGGUGCCCCCUUCGCGGCCGAGUGCGUCCUCGACGGCGAGGUCGAGUCGGCCUGCGCCCGCCGGUCCGUCGCGGAAGCCUGCGAUGGGCGGCGCGACCCUCGCGCCGAGCGUGGACGCCGAGGGCCUCAUCCGUCGCCUCUGCGGCGAGAUGGAGGUGCGCCUCGCGGCGCGCCUGGGGGCGGUCUCGCUGGUGGCCGCCGCGAGCGGGGCUCCGCAGCGGGUGCCGCGGACCGCGCCGCGCCCUCCUGCGGGUCCCUCCCAACCUGGCCCCUCGGCGGUGGGGAGCCGCUCCGGGACAGACAGCGGGGAGCCCGCGAAAAAGAAGAGAGGCAGGAAGAGGAGCGGGAAGAAGCAAGCGGGUGGCGCCGCUGCCCAUCCUGCUCCGGCCUCGCCGGGCCGAGACCGGCCACGUGCCGCGCCUGCCCCGGCUGCGUCCCGGGCGAGGCCUGCGCCUGCGCCUGUCGCGCCCUCCCUGACCCGUCCGGCACCUGAGACAUGGUCGAAGGUGCUCGGACGCAAGGAGAGGCGUGCGGGGGCGGCACGCUCUCGCCGUGGAGCUCCGGCCGGGCCGCAGGUUCGUCCGGCGCGUGCGCCGAAGACGGCGGCGGUAUCCCUCACCGUCGCCCCGGGCAGCGCCAUGACCUACUCAGAGGUCAUGGCAAAGGCGGUCGCUGGCGUGCGGUUACGGGAUGUCGGGGUAACCAGCAUCCGGUACCGCAAGGGGCAGACCGGGUCCUCCAUUUUGGAGAUCCCGGGCCCGGACAGCGCUGCAGGGGCGGACCGCCUGGCCGGUCGCCUGGCGGAGCUGUUCGCCGGCACGGACGUGAGGGUGUCCAGGCCGAUUAAAUCCGCCGAGGCGCGGGUUAGCGGCCUGGACGAAUCUGUCACUGCCGACGGCGUGGCGGCGGCAGUUGCCGCGGUAACCGGGUGCCCGGUGGACAGGGUCCAAACCGGCAUCAUCCGGCGUUCCGGGUCCGGGCUGGGCACCGUCUGGCUCCGCUGCCCGGCGGCUGCCAUGAGGGCCCUCCUGGCGGCUGGCCGCCUGCUCGUCGGCUGGUCGUCCGCCCGAGUGGAGGCCUCGCCCGCGCGAGCCCUCCGAUGCUUCAGGUGCCUGGAGCUCGGGCACGUGCGGCAGAAAUGCCCCCUCGAGGCGGACCGCGGGGACCGGUGCUACAGGUGCGCCGGUGCGGGCCACCGGGCACGUGAGUGCACGGCGCCCAUGCGAUGCCCGGUCUGUGCUGACCUGGGCAGGCCAGCCGACCACCGGCUCGGGGCCAAAAAAUGUGCCCCUCCGCCGCCAAAGCAGGGGAGGAGGGCUCGCGUGACGACCCCGAGUUCGGGCGAGUCUACGCCGGUCAAUCGACCGGCGGCAGAUGCGCAGGCGCUUUCGCCGUCUGAGGCACUGCGGGCGAGAUCGCCCUCUGCGAUGGAGGGAGGAUCCGGCCUGGGGGAGGCCAUGGACAUGGCCUAA